AUGUCUUCGACUUCAAAACAAAAUGCCUUAAAACAGUCAAAUGCAACUGACUCGUUAAUCCCUUUCUCCAUUCUACCUAGUCCUUUUAAUACAGUUUUAGUGAUUAGUUCCUUACAACAUCAACAGGCUGUUCAAAGGGUCGCUGAACUCGACCAAGAAGUAAAAAAAACUGGUGUGAACUUUCCGUUGAAUCCAACGGUGACAAAAGAAGAAAAGAAUAAUGAUACAGCAACACGGAAUUUUAUAGCCAUGAAAUAUCUUAUUCAACAACAAUUCAUAGCACUGCCUGACGAACAAUAUUUCUUAACGGUUGAUCAAUUACAAAGACAUAAAGAUUUACUUCAAGAACUUGAAAAAUAUGAACACGCAGUAGAAAAAUUACAAAAAUCUGGGGGAUAUACUGCGUGUAGCAUUCAAUUUCAUUCAAAACAAGGCUCAUCAUCUCAUAAAAAUCUAUCAAAUGAAGCAUCCGAUACUGAAUAUUCACUCCCUCCGUUGAAAUCCGGCGCUAGAACUCUGGCCAAAUUUUUAUCAUUAGUUGAAGAUGAUUCUUUGGAUGAUCUUUCAAAUCGUGUAGGGGAUUUAUUAACAUCAACUAAGAACAAUGUUCAUCAAUCUGAUAUUUUAAACGGCAAUCAAUUUUCACCAAAUACAGACAAUGAAGUUAGCAAAUGGAAAGGAGAGUUUGCUUUAUCAAAGACCAAACGGCAAACUAAUCACGAUUUCGUUGCACCAAAAAAUGAAUUUGACAAAAAACGCGAUAAAACAAUAAUUACUUAUGCUAAUGACUCAGCUCGGUCUCUUGGUGGUUAUGGAAGACAGUAUUGA